GCGAGACGAGGGCCGAGAGGCAACUCAAACACAUCAAGAGAGUGUCUCAGAUGGUGAUCGAGGAGGUGAGCGUUCUGCAGACUCAGCUGGAGGUCGAGAAGUUGUGCCGUGAGAAUGCAGAAGCCCUGGCCGCAAAGCUGAACAGCGAGAACAGGAAGCUGAAAUAUCUGAGCCUGUCGUCUCGACCCGGUUUGGACGAGCUGCUUCCCAGCAUUUCAGACUGCGUCACCCUGGAGGCAGAUGCCAACGCCACUGAUGGGAGCGCCGACACCUUCACGCAGUACCAGCAACAGGUUAAAGAACUGAGGGAGACGGUCAACAGUUUGUUGGAGGAGAAGAAAGAUUUUGUCUGUCAGAUUCAUGAUCAGCAGAGACGGAUAGAAGAGCUGACGGCACAGUCAGAGAGGGAUCGGGCUGAGAUGAAAGAGCUUCACCAAACAGUCGAGCAGCAAAACAAAACCAUCAAGAGGUUUAACAGAGUCUCCAUGAUGGCGGCACAAGAGUACGAAGGGAUGAAGGAACAGCUGGACUUGGAGCAGAACCUGAGAGUCAAAGCUGAGACUUAUGCACACGAGAUGCUGGUGAAACAGAAAGAGGCCAACAGGCAGAGCAUGCUGCUGCUGCAGAGCACCGAGCCCAGCGUCCAGCUGCUCAAAGCCCUGGAAGACAUCGCUGCCAUCACCAAGACCUUGGAGGGGGAGCGUCUGCAGCAUCAGCAGAAGGUGCAGAACCUGGAGGAGCAGCUGCAGCAGAGCUGUGCCAGGAAGCAGCUGGAGGCUCUGCAGAAGGAGCUGGAGCUGCUGGAGGAGGAGAAGAAGGAGGUGGAGGGACGCCUCGCGCAUGCAGAAAAGAAGAACGGAGAGCUGGAGAACAGAGUCUUGGAACUCCUGGAUACCCAGAAACCAAUCACCAUGGCGACGAGUACAGGAACCCCUCCCCCUGCGCCAGGAGUGGCCCCACCUCCAGCUCCUCCUCCACAGCCGACUCCACCCCCUCCUCCUCUUCCUCCACCUCCCCCACCCCCUCCGCCUCCUCCCCCUCCCCCUUCACGCUGUAACCCCAUCAGCUCUCUUAUUGCCAUCAUGAGGAAGUCAUCCAAAACCCCCAAAGCCUCUGUGAAGACAGAAGAACCUCCAGCUGCUGAAGCUGUGGACGACGUGAAGGUGAAGGCAGUGAAUGAGAUGAUGGAGCGGAUCAAACAUGGUGUCGUGUUGAGACCCAUCAAGAGUCAGGACAACAAGCAGCCUCCGGUGUGUGAGGAGAAGCAGCCAGAAAGUGCCAUGGACGAACUGAAAGGCAUCCUGGAGACGGUGAAGCGAAGCCCCAGCAGAGGCUCGCAGGAGGCGGCGUUACCGCUAGGAAAGAAGGACAGCGAGCUGGAAGUCAUCCUGAGACGCCGACGUAACAAAGCGGGAGAACUGGGGUCUGGAGAUGAUCAUGAAGGCCACAUGAGCCACAUCAACUCCUCUGACAGCUUGAAUGGGAUAAGCACAGGUUCCAGCAAGGAUCUAAGCUUCCCCUCAGACCUGGUGGGUCCUAAGGUCAGCCCAGACCUUCGGGGUUCAGGACUGGGACCAGCUGUAGCCAGGAGGGAGAGCUCGGACUCAAGCAAAGAGCCCAGCGUGAGCUCCUGGCAGGGGAGGCGGUCCCGUAGCUCGUUGUCCGAGAAAGAAAUUGCAGAGCGUCCAGCCGGCAGCUGCAGCAGCAACAGCGGAGGAAACGACGAACAAAACCCGACUGAGAGCUUUCUCCAGUUAAACGGAGUCAACCACGCUCAGCCCGCUGAGGACGCACAUGCCGCGGUCAGCACCGGUCCUGUCAACAGCAGCCUGGACGCCGACUGCUAGGACGAACCCUG